AUGUUGACUUACCAGCCCACACCCGCUGGAGUUGUGUCGCAUAUGGUCCGACCCGAUGCCUACCCACCACAGCAUCAAAGGAAGGCCAACUCGAUCGAUCUGAACGAUGACUUCCACCGCCUGGUGCGAGCGCUGUCUGAUGUCCUAGGCCCAUCUUCCGGAAUAGACUCGGCGGACGUUGACGAGAACGAUCUCAUCCGCCUCAUGGAAGAGUAUACAUCAAAAGAAAGUCAGUGGCAUCAAUACGCCUUUGCCGACCUCAGCCGAAAUUACACCCGGAAUCUUGUGGACGAAGGGAAUGGCAAAUCGAAUUUGUUGGUGUUGGUCUGGAAUCCUGGACGGGGUAGUCCAAUCCACGACCAUGCCAACGCACAUUGUGUGAUGAAAAUCCUCAAGGGCAGUCUCAAAGAAACGCUGUAUUCCCUGCCGCCGUGUUCCGCAGAUACCAAAACGGAGUCAUCUGGCACGCUGACUCCACCGCAAAUCCUCAGGGAGACGAGCUAUUCUGUGAACCAAGUUUCGUACAUUUCAGACAAGAUUGGCCUCCACAAGAUAUCCAACCCGUCCAGCAGCGAAGUGGCUGUUUCAUUACAUCUAUACACGCCACCUCAUGCUGCCAACUUUGGGUUCAACCUCUUUGACGAAAAGACCGGGAAACCAACACACAUAUCACAAGCCGGCGUCUUUUCAGACCGUGGCCAACUCGUUGAGAGGUGCAAGUUUGGUUCGCUUUGA